CGCUUUCCUAGAGAGGCCCGUGAGAGUCUGGGGCCACACCGAGGCCGCGCCCAGCUUCUGGCUUGCUGCUGCGGACGGCUCCAGUCGGAAGCCGUCUCCGGACCUGUGAGCCUUGAGGUGGGGGAAGCCGAAGAGUUGAUAAUGUGGACCCACGUCCUCCCGCAGGGGUCGCGGCUCUGAGCUUAGCGGGUCCUGGCUCCACAGCCCCUCGGACCGCGAAUCCGCUUCCAGGAGCGCGCCAGGCACCACGCCGUGCGGUCCCCGGGCGCGAUGCCGCUGACUUUCCAGGACGUGGCAGUGUACUUCUCCCCAGCGGAGGGGCAACAGCUGGGGCCCCAGCAGCGGGCGCUGUACCGGGAUGUGAUGCUGGAGAACUAUGGGAACGUGGCCUCCCUAGGAUUCCCUGUCCCUAAGCCAGAGCUGAUCUCCCAGCUGGAGCAAGGCGAGGAGCUGUGGGUCAUGGAUCUUCUGGGGGCUGAAGAAUCAGAGGUCUUGAGAAACUGCCGAACAGAUUCUGAUACUGGGACUGAGAAGGAACUGUCCAUUUUAAACCAGGAGUGUUCUGAAGAUGUGAAGAGCCCAGCAUUUGUAUCAAGAAGAUUCUCAAGGGCCAAUUCACAGACACCUGUGUUCCAGGAUCCUUGGGACCUGGAGGGGAAGGGAGAAGGGAGCCUGGGAAACACUGCUGGCCAGAGUCUGAAGAAACCCCAUCUGCACAAGAGAGUUUUUAGAGAGGAAUCUGUCCUAUGUAGGGAGCAGCCUCCAAGAGAGAGUGUCCAGGAGUGUUCUUUAAAUGUUGAUAGACAUUUAAGUCCAAACCAAAAUGUUGUUAGACUUCAAAGGAAUAAAACAGGAGAGAGAGUCUUUAAAUGUGAUAUAUGCAGCAAAACGUUCAAAUAUAAUUCAGACCUCCGUCGACAUCAUAGGCGCCACACAGGGGAAAAGCCCUAUGAGUGCAGUUGGUGUGGGCGAGCCUUCACACACAGCGCGAGCCUCAUCCUGCACCGCCGAGUCCACACUGGCAGCAAACCGUUUAAAUGUGAAGAAUGUGGGAAGACUUUUGGGCUCAAUUCCUACCUCAUUCUGCAUCGGAGAAUUCACACUGGAGAAAGACCCUUUGGGUGCAGUGAAUGUGGGAAAGCCUUCAGUCGAAGCUCCAGCCUCAUUCAGCAUCGCGUCAUUCACACAGGAGAGAAGCCUCACAAGUGUGAGGAGUGCGGCAAAGCCUUCAGCCAGAGCCCCCAGUUAACUCAGCACCAGCGGAUCCACACUGGGGAGAAGCCGCACAAGUGCAGUCAGUGUGGCAAGGCCUUCAGCCGGAGCUCCAGCCUCAUUCAGCACCAGAGGAUCCACACUGGGGAGAAGCCCCACAAGUGCAGUCAGUGUGGCAAGGCCUUCAGCCAGAGCUCCAGCCUUUUCCUCCAUCAUAGGGUCCACACUGGAGAAAAGCCCUACGUGUGCCAGGAGUGUGGCCGGGCCUUUGGUUUCAAUUCUCACCUUACUGAACAUACACGGAUUCACACUGGAGAGAAGCCUUAUGUGUGUGGUGAGUGUGGCAGGGCCUUCAGCCGGAGUUCCACUCUGGUGCAGCAUCGCAGAGUGCACACAGGGGAGAAGCCAUAUCAGUGCUCUGAGUGUGGGAAAGCCUUCAGCCAGAGCUCCCAACUCACCCUGCACCAGCGUGUCCACACUGGCGAGAAGCCCUACGAGUGCCGGGCCUGUGGGAAGGCCUUUAGCCGGAGGUCAACCCUCACACAGCAUCAGCACAUUCACACGGGAGACAAUCCUCGCCAGCGUAGAAAGGGUGGCCCCAGCCUGAUGCCCACUGGAGAGCGACGUGGCAGAGCCUUCAGCCAUGGCGCAGACCUCAUUCUGCACUGGACAAUCCACACUGGUGGGAAGUCCCUGGGGUGCAGUGAAUGUGGGAAGACUUUCAGCCCUACCCCACAACCCGCUGACUGCCAGAGAAGCCGCCACGCUGGGGAGAAACCAUAUAAAUGUCAAGAAUGUGGAAAGGCUGUCAGCGAGGGUGCAGACCUUACUCAACAUCAGGUAGCUCAUGUUGGAGAGAAGCCCCCUCUAAAUGAUGGCUCUGAAAGAUAUUUUAUUCAUAUCAAAAAGAUUUUCCAAGAAAGACAUUUUUAAGUUAUAAAAUUAGGAAAUAGUUUAGCAAUUGUUCAUUUUACGUUGGAUAGGCUAGCAAAAUGAAAGUUAAAUAAGAGGGUUUACAUAUUACCAGCAAAUCAAAAUAAACAGGUUGGAUGACUAUUAAAGUCAUUAAAUUUGAAAGUAAACAUGAGAGAAUUCAAUCUGGAAAAUACUGUUGUAUAGAGGUUAUUGUUGUGCUCAGGGUGACCCCUGUCGCACUACCUUCAGACACUGAGAGGAGGGGGAGCACCAAUAGUGAGCCACUGGCUCCAGCCCCAAGGUGUCACUACCUUGUGUCUCCCUCCUGCCUGAGCUCAGCUUGUUAUUGGGAAUACCCAGUUCCAGUACCGCUGGGCAGGGUGAGCCUUCCCUUACCAGCCUGCAGGCAGGGUGUCCUUCCUCCCUUGGAGCCCAGUUUGGGCAUUUGUAGAGUGAAGAUUGAUGUGUUUUCAGUUCUGAGAUCUGCAAUUGAGCAGAGGCCUCGGGGCCAAUGAGGCCAGGCUGCCAUGAAGCCCCAUUCUCAAGAGCUGCAAAAAGGAAAGAAAAUCCUCACAAUGCUCGAAGAAAAUAGGAGAGGAAAUAACUGCAGUUAAGACACACCAAGAAACAACCAGGCUUGUUGUUAUUUUUGUUUUUCUUUGUUUGUUUGCGUGUUUUGAAGUGCUAGGGAUAGAGCCCAGGGCCUUGUGCAUAUAGGCAAGUGACCUACCACUGAGCUACACCCCAACCCCAAAAGCCAACCUUCUUGAGUACAGUUUACAUACAAUAAGAUUCACUCUUUAGCGUACAGCUCUGUGGGUUUCAGAGUCACAUGGUGUGCAGUCACCACAAUGAAGCAUACAACCUGCCUCAGCACCCACAGCUCUCCAUGCCCAAACGGGAAGCCCUAACCCCUGCAUACCCUGCUUUGUUUUCUGUUGCCAUGGCUUCACCAUUCCCAGAAUCUCAUCCUGUGGAGCCAUUUCAAUCUGGUGUUUUUUACUGAAUGUAUUGGAGAGUCACCCAUGUUGUUGCAUGUAUCCGUAGUUCAUUCUUUUUACUGCCCAGCAGCAUUCCAUGUUAUGGAUAUAUGGAUGGAGCUGUUCAACCAUUCCUCCAUUAAGGGAUUCUUGAGUGUUCCCAUUUAUAGUAUAUAAGAAUAAAGUACCUAUAAACACGUAACUACAAUCUGUUUUGUGAACCUAA